AUAUUCUCGACGGUUCGUAAUCGUUCCCGGCUCAGACUUUUCCUUCACGAAGAGCGUUCUCGACAAGGACAGUGCCUAUAUAGGAUUUAGCAAAUGCAAUUCUACAUCAAUCAUUCAAACGAACAGAGACGUGUACGAACACAUUCAACGAAGUACUACCGGAAAGUAAAAGCUAUUUGAAAAUGUUUAGCUUAUCUUCCCCAAGUUUUUUCGUUCAUCAACCGGUGUGUCGUCGUCGACGACGGGAGCCGGCAUUCGAUCCGUGGACAUCGUGCUUAGGUGAUGGUCCUUUCAUCUUUGGGAAUGCUGGACGCAGGCCAGAGCCAACAUAUUUUCUGAUAGAUCCAUUUGAUGUAAACGAUCUGAAGACUAGCUCAAAACGACAGAAGACCAGCCCAAAGACGAGUGAGACUUGUCGACAAAGGGACAACUUUCAUGUCGAGUUAGAUCUUACGGACUUCAAACCAGAAGAAAUCGACGUAUCUUUAGAUAGCGAUCGUUUGAAAAUUCAUGCUAAAUCAGAAGACAAGCAUGGUAUUUCUUCUGAGGUUUUCAAGUGGUACAGCUUGCCUGAUAAAAUUGACACUGAUAAAUUGACGUCUAGUCUGUCCCAAGAAGGUGCUCUACAUAUCAAUGCACCAUUUAAGGUAGUAAAGCAGGAUAAAGACUCGAUCGCCAAUGGAGGAGUUGGCUCUUCUCAGAAGGAUGAACAGAUGGACAAAACCAAUCAACAAGAGGUGGAGAUUGAAAAGGAAGACUCUACUCAGCCGAUUUCUACGGGUGUGACUAUAGAACAGGAGGAGGCAAACGACACUUCUGCCAUCAUUGGUCAUUCAGAAAAAGAUAAUGGAUUUCAUGUCGAAUUGCCAAUGGAACAAUUUAAACCGGAACACGUAAAUGUCAGCAUAGAUGAUCACAAAUUGAAGAUCCACGCAAAGAAAGUUGACGAAGGCGAGGGACACUUCAUGCACGAAGAAGUCACCAAAUGGUUUAGCUUACCGUCCGACGUAGAUGUCGGCCAAUUGAGAUCAAACAUACGAGACGAUGGCGUAUUGGUUAUCAACGCCCCAAAAGCAAACAAUGCUGUGACCUUGGAAACAGAGAGUGUUGUAAAAGAAGAUGAGACCGCUCAAGAGAUGUCGAUAGACGACAAAGCUACAAACCAUGCGCAGGAGGAAGAAAGUAAUUAAAUUAUUAACAUUUUGCAAUAUAAACUAUUUAAGGUAGCGUAAGAUAAUAUAAAACAAAGUUGACUUGACAAGUAUUUUUCCUGUUCUGAAUUCAAUGUUGGUCUGCCAUUCGUAGGCUAUAGGCCCUUUUACUGUUUAGCUGGUUGCGAAAUGCUAAAUAAAUACUUUAAUAAUGUCAUGUUAAGUUAAUCUUGUAACAUUUUGUCAUAAUUUCAUGUACUUCUCUUUUUAUAUGUACAUAUAACGUGUCAUUAGUUUAACCCAAUAUAGUUUGGCACAAAACGAAUUAAACUUAAAUUUGUAUUAUGAAAAUAUUGUAGGCCUAGUUGUCUAGAUUUUUCUGUUGCUAAGCCUAAAUGUAAAGCGAUGUUGAUACGUUCUUGUAAGUUUAAUGAUUACGUUAAUUUAAUUCAUUUUUUCAUAUGUUUCUAAUUAUGAUGUUUUAUUAUUAUUAUUAUUAUUGAUAUUAAUAUUUAUAUAAAUAGAAUAAUGCACGUUAAUGUUACUAUAUUAUUUAUUGUUUAAUUUUAUAUUUGAUUAAUAGCAAUUGAAAGUCAUCUCAGUGAAUUUAUAUCAAAAGAUGUAAAAUCCGUUUAAGAGAUUUACAAAGUGCUUAAUUGUUUUAUCAUAUUUAGCUAAUGUUACAUUAUAAUAUAAAAUAUCAAAUGUCAACAUCACUAUUCUAUUUAAGAAUUUAUGUUUUUAUUAAAAUGUUGA